AGCCUCGGGGCUCCUUCGCACCCCUUGAAACCCAGACUUGGGGUGGUCUAUCCCUGCAGGACAGGACCCUUUGUGUCCCAUUUUACGGCCCCCCCAUUUAUUGUGCAGGUCUUACUCAGCCUCUCCUUUACCAAUAAACUAUCUCCCCCCCCCCUUCUCUAAAUGACAGGGUUGGAGACUGGCAGGAGCUGCAAAACUUGCCUACAAGGCAGAGACAAAGGGGUCUCGCUGCCAGCUCCUCGCAGAGCCGCAGUUAACCUCUUCCCUGGUGGGACACAGCUUCCAUACACCGGGAAGCGAGUGUGCACAGUCCCCUUUGCAAGGCAAGAAGAAGGGGAGUAAGGAGUUAGCUCGGAAAUAUUUCCUCUAAAGACUUGCAGCAGCCAGGGACCCCACACUCUCUUGCUGAAAAAAACACACGAGAAGCUGUUUUUUUCCAUGACAUGGAAAAAUAUGGAGAUGGGGGGUUGGUUUGAGGUCUGAAAGCGUGCUGAAAAUCUGAACAACUUGAUGGUUUUAGGGGAAGGCUGGUUGAGAAAGAGCUGUGGUUACUCUGUUUCUCCUAAUUCCAGCCUCAGCAGGGUGAACUCUGAAUCCCCAGCUCCCACUUUUCGUCCCAAAACCUGAGGAAACAGCAUCCUGGGGUGUGAUAUUUCAUCAAAGAUCAAAGAGAGGCAUUUUCUAGUGGAGGAAGGAGAGGGUUUAGGGGGAAGUUCCCCACUCACGUAGGUAAUCAAAGGCAUUUGGCAAGGAAAUGCCUUCUUCAGAUUAGGAAAUAUUUCAAACAGCCUUUUCCAGCUGAAGUGCUGGGGAUAGUCACAUGGAUACUUUGCUCUUCUGCUACUUCCUCUUCAUAUUUGGCAAGAAAAGCAGAUCCCCAUCUCGACUAGACCUGUCCCUUUCAUUGCCCCCAUCUCUGUUCCCAGGAGGAAGGAUGAGGCCCCUGCUCUGCUGCCUGGGGCUGGCCACGCUCCUGGGGCCCUGCCUGGCCUGUCCCAGCGCCUGCUCCUGCUCCACCAAGAAGAACGGGCGGCUGUUGGCCGAGUGCGCCUACAAGGAUCUGCAGGAGGUACCCAAGGGGCUGUCCUCCAACGUGACCAUCCUCACCUUGUCGGCCAACAGGAUCAGCUGGUUGGGACAGGGCUCCUUUGCCGAGGUUCCCGAAGUGCAGUCGCUGUGGCUGGGCUACAACCAGAUCGGGGUGGUGGAACCAGGGACUUUUGCCUUGUUGGUGCACCUGAAGAACCUGGACCUGAGUCACAACAAGAUUGUGGAUUUCCCCUGGCAGGACCUCCGUAACCUCAGUGGUCUGCAGAUCCUGAAGAUGAACAACAACCGCCUGGCUGGGCUGCCCUGGGAUGCUUUCCGCUCCUUGAAGGACCUGCGCUCGCUCUGGCUCAAUGACAAUGAGUUGACCACCUUGGUCGAGGGCACCUUUGACAACCUGCCCUCCCUGUCCCAGCUACAGAUCUUCAACAACCCCUUCAACUGCUCCUGCAAGGUUUUUUGGCUGAAGAAGUGGACUGAGAACACCUCUGUCUCCAUCACCAAGGGGGGGUCUACCCUGUGUGUGGCUCCUGGCAGGCUGAAGGGCAGGGCAGUGACAGACAUCCCUGACCACCACUGUGUUGCACCCUCCGUGCAGCUCACCUACCUCUCCAACUUGGACAACACCGUCAUGUACGAUGGCCUCACCCUGACUCUGCACUGCAGUGUGGCGGGCAGCCCUCCACCAGAGAUCAGGUGGAAGAUCCAGACCUCCAGCCGCCGUGUUGAGAUCAAUGGGCCCAAUGUGGCACGGGAUGGAAACGUCAAGCAGAGCCAAGAGCGCUUCUUGGUCUUCAAGAACGGCACCAUGGCCAUCCCCAACUUCAGCAAGGAGGAUGAAGGCAUCUACACCUGCCUCGCUGUCAAUGACGUGGGCACACGGGAUGUCUCGGUCAACGUGGCCUUGGCUGGGUCAGAGAAUCCAGCUGAAGAUCUGCUCCGAGAUGACCCCCAAGCCAGUCACCUCGGGGGGCGGAGCUGCUACAAGGGUGAUGAAAUGGAUCCCUCUGGUGCUGGAGAAAAGCUGGUGAUCGUUUAUCACAUGCCAAGGGAGUCGAAGAGCAGGGCUGGAGGAGUGGUGCCCCAGGUCCACCUGGGGACCCUCCUGCUGUCUUUGGGCCUCGUGCUCUGCUGUUAAAGGGGGGAGAAGGAAACAGUGCCUCAGGGGUUCCCCCUCGUUCUGUAGCAUUUAUCUUCACGUAGUGCCAUACCUUUGCUGAGCUUCUGGGAACUGCGGGCGGUCAGGAGUUAAAGGGGGCCAAGACUCAAGCCCAGGGCUCCGUUAGUUGAGAGCUUCAAACAAGCUCGGGUGAUGUAGAGCUGAUCCUCACUGUGCUGCCACUUUCCAGGCACCCAAUUCUGCCACCUCCUGAUUUAUUUCCCUUCUGAGACCAAAGUGCAGCUGCAGGAUAAGUCCACCCUCAACAGGGUGACCAUCACCCAUCCCCACAGCCCACCACCAUGAGCCCUCCUCCACCCCCAGCAGCGAGCUGUGACCAGGGAGGGGAUCUCUUGCAGAGAGGAUCCCUCGGUCCAGCGGCACUAAAGAUGACAUCCCCGCUGUGACCAGCGCCCAGGCCCUUAGCUGGCCAGGUGCAUCCUUCCUACCACCAACCUCAUGUGAAGCACUAGGAGCAGAAGGAACAGUCUGAGAGUGAGGGAAUAGCCUGGGCAUGGGGUCCUGGGGUCCCAGUGCAUGUGGCUCUGUGAGACAGAGAUAUAAUGGUGCUUUGUAAACAGGAUGGGUACAGUAGGAUGUGUUGGAUGGGGCCAGGGGCUUGGAUCGGGCCAUUUUGUGGAGCAGAAGAAGCUUUCUCACAGGCUUCAUCCCUGCAGGAGCACAAAGGGCUUCCUCUGGCUGGGUGCUGGGAGCACCCAGGGUGCCUGCACCUUCCCUGCAUGUUGCAGGAUCAGGCCAUGCCACCCUCAGUACCUAUCUCAUAUGUAACACAGCUCUUUUUUUUCCCCCUUUCCCUUUCACCAUGGAAGCCUGCGGUCCAAAAUGCUUGGCUGGGCUGGACCCACCAAGCUGCACUGCUCCGGCUCUGACCCUGAUGGGGAGGGAUUGAGCCCAAAGAGACCAAAAUAAUCUCCCAGCUCUCCUCUCUGACGGGAAACUGAGCAGGGGCUGCAUGAUGGAGCCAGAGGAAGAAAGAUUGGAAAAACCCAGAUGACAGAGAGAAGCUGAACUGACCUAUAAGCCAUAGACACACUCCUUUAAGUGCUUUAGCAUUCCCAUGCGGGACAUAUAUACCAUUCCUGGCUGCCCCAGGGUGCUGGGAACCCCUUGUCUCAUGGCGGGGGGCUGAGGAUCUCCCCCACCCCAAGGCAUGGGCGGUCCAGCUCUCAUGUCUUCUGCCAGUGCUUGCCUGCUGGAGCUGGACAGACCCCUGCAGCCAUCCUUGCUUUAUAACCAAAGCUGUACAGACAGCAAUAAAUACCAUUUUUUUAAACAA